UGUGCGGAAACCGUUGUCUCUGUCUCCGCCUGGGACAAGAGCUUCAAGCGGAGUCACGGCUUUCAAAGAUACCUGCAGACAAAGAGGUCCACGUUAAAGUUAAUUCAGAAAGAGAAUAUUUUUUUUCUUACGGACACACAUAUAUGCAUAUUUUUUCAUCUGUUCCCAAACUUUCAGCGCAAGGAGAGUUUUCACAGGAAAACAGGGGCAGGCGGAGCUUACAUUUUGAUUCAGCGAUCCUCAGUUCCAGACAUCUGUGAGCGAUGUUUGACAAACAGCACUAUGAGAGUCCACCUGUUUACAGUCCUCCUUUCACCUCUCCAUCCAACAACGGCUAUGGCCCUCCAGGCAGCUUCCAUGGCCCCCAGAGCGAUUACAACGCGUACCCACCUCCGCCGGGAUCUUACUACAUUGAGGACAAACCGCAGCACUUCUACAAAUGGCUGUCACCUCCCGGGAUCAUCAAGGCCAUGAUGGCUACAGUGAUCGUGCUGUGUGUGGCCAUAUUUGCCUGCGUGGCUUCCACUCUCAUGUGGGACAUCCAGUAUGGAUAUGGUAUGGGAACGGGUUACUAUGGCUCUGGGAUGGGCUACGGCAGCGGAUACAUGGGUGGCAGCUAUGGCUCAGGAGGUUAUGGGGGUUAUGGUGGAUACGGCAACUACUACGGCUCCUACAUCUCACCUUACUCUGCCAAAUCCGCCAUGAUUGCCAUGGCAGCCAUUAACUUCAUAGGAGCACUGGCAUUCUUCAUCACCAGCUUCUCUAAAUCCAACACAGUCCGCAGCAGGAAGUUCUUUCUGGCCCUCCUGAUAACCAGCAUCAUCAUGGCUGUCCUGCAGGGCAUCAUAAACAUUGUCUACAUUGUUGGAGUGAACCCCAUGGCCCAGAGCUCCUCCAGUAUGAUGUACAAUCCGAUGCUCAUGAUGUGCCAGAACCUCUAUCAGACCAGCUACUCGCAAAUGGGAGGAGUGGGAGGCUUCCCCAUGUACAACCAGUACCUCUACCAUUACUGCUUUGUGGACCCACAGGAGGGAGUUGCCAUGGUGUGUGGAUUCCUGGUUGUAAUCGCUUUGGGUGUUGCAGCUUUCUUUGCACACAAAACUAGAGGGAAGAUCUGGCGCUACGGGAAACCAAACAUCUACUGGGAGGAGCCUCUUGUUGGAGGGAAGGCCUCAGAGGGCAGAGAUGUGGAGGAAUGGGUGAACAAUGUGGAGGAAAGUCGCAGUGUUCAGGAUGCCCCUACCCUGCUGGUGUCCGAGAAGGGAGGUGGGCUGCUCAAUGCCUCUGCAAACAGUGUCAUCUCCUACCCCCCAGCAAAGGUGGACAGCAGCUCCUAUAAUGGGGACACGUACGACGACAACGAAUACUCAGAGAAGACCACCAGCCGGCCAUUGGAGGCCUUGUCCCAUGGUGGAAGGACCAGCUCCAGCCCCUCAGAGGAGACGGGUGGGGGCCGCAAACCCUCUGCCAACAGGGGCAAGAGACGCAGACGUAACCCAGAGUUGGACGAGUCUCAGUAUGAGACAGAGUACACCACAGGAGGAGAGACGGGCAAUGAACUCGACAUAGAGGAGUUGGAGAGCAUGUAUCCGGAGAUAACCUCUGAUGCUCAGCGUCACGAUUACAAGAGAGAGUUUGAUGCCGACCUUAGGGAGUACAAGCGUCUGUGUGCCGAGAUGGACGACAUCAAUGAUCAGCUGAACAAACUCAGCCGGCAUUUGGACACACUGGACGACACCUCUGCCAAAUACCAGGCUGUAGCAGAGGAAUAUAAUCAACUAAAGGAUCUGAAGCAGACAUCAGACUACCAGUCUAAGAAGAAGGAGUGUCGCAGGCUGAGACACAAACUGUUCCACAUCAAACGCAUGGUGAAGGACUACGACAAGAACCACUCAUGAAUCCCCUCAGUCCUGACUCUCAGCUCUGUGGUCUACACAGCAAACACUCACAGACACCGGCCAAGAUACACUCCAAAAUACCACAAAGACUGUGUGACAUGCUGAGACCAAAGUUACCUGCACAGCACCUACACACACUGGAUACAGAGGGGCACAUUUACACACACACACACACACACACACACACACACACACACAGGGAACAUACUGUUAAUACAUACAUGUUAAUAAUAAUGAUCUAAGCUUGUGUUUCUUUCAUUCUCUCUGAUCAAAAAAUGUAUGAAUAACUACUUUUUUGGGAAGACAAUGGAAGCAGGACCCUCAACAAUUGUAAACACUGCUAUUAUCAAAAAGGUCCAGUUCAUUGUUUGCAGUAUGCAGCCACUUGAAAGGUUGUUUGAAAGUCAGUUUACCUUCAGUCACCUGUGAUUACUCUGUGCUUGGUUUCUGUGGCUCUGUUUGCUCUCCAGACUGGCAACCUUUCUUUGUUUUAUCUCCUCAGAUAAGAGGUGGAACAGUAUUGUAGAGAACAUGGUAAUGGGUGAGACAGGUUGCUGGGAUUGUUUUUGAGCAAAUACAAAGUUUCUUUUAACCCUUGGCAUGGCGUUAUCUUUGUCUCAAAUGACCUUUAGUUGUGCUUUUCUCGUGCUCUUCGUCAGUGUUUUUAACUAACUUCAGUGUCAGUGAAGUUAACUGCUCUCUGCCGGGACCAUGUGUAUUGUUUUUUUUUUUUUUUAAAAUACUGGAUUUUUGUCUGAACUAAGAUGUUGAGACUGAUUGUUAUAGAUGCAGUGAGACCAAAAAGGGCAUAAAUUGGCCAAUGAGAUAUGUGUGACAUUGUUGUGUUGUAUAUAUGCUUAAUGAAUCUUGUUCAUUCUAUGUACCAAGAACAAAUUUACAGUACGUAUCUGUGUUUUAGAUUCAGCAGAUAUCUUAGCCUAUGUGAUGACGUUAUCUGUUAUUUGUACACACUAAAGACCCACUAUGGCUUGUUCUUUUUUUUUUAAUCAGUGGUCAUUUGAAAUAUACAUAAGCUAUGCAAAAUAGUUAAAUUAGAUUAUUUUUAUAUUGUUUGUCAUGGAUGUUCCUCAACAAACUGGAAAACAUGUCUCACUGUUUCUGACUGUAUAAACCGAUCACAUCUUUUCAUUUGAUUCUUUACCAAUGAAAAUGAUCAUCAUCAUUAUCUUCAUCAUCGUCAUCUGUAAUUUUUGUUUUAAUCCGCUUCGCUUGCAAAGUGUUACGAUCUGCUGUACCUUAUGAAAUUGAUCAGACACGCUUUCGAUUUGUCAUGCAUUUGUAUUUUUAUGAAGAACAUUGUUGUCAUUUUACAAACCAUUUGCGAGCCAUUUAUUUUUGUAUGAAUUUAUUUUCUUUGAUGCUAUUAUUAAAGACCUUUUUUUUUGUUACUGUACACUUCCAUAUGGUAUGAUGUUUAAAAAGUAUUGAAUUCAGUAAGUAAUAAACAUUUCUAAUUCUCUAAAAAGUAGUUAGAUCCAUCUCCUAUUGUUUCAGUUUUUUUCAGACCCUCCUGGUUCCGAGAUAACUGUAGCUC